CAGUCUCUAAAGUUACGCUGCGUUGACUAGCGCAUCUUAUUAGUAGUGGCGUGGUUUAUAUUUAGUUUAGUUUGAUCUAAAUGAUCAGGAUUAGCGAAGUCGAAUGCCUAAAGGCGUAAGCUAAGAUACGACGUAAAGUUUGAUUCAGUGGCUCUCGCGCAGUGUCCGUGUAAAGUUGACAGAAAGCUCGCACAAAGUUUUACAGUGAAUCAAAAAACAUGUUUCUGAACUGAUUUGUGUCCAUUUGUGGGAGGAUUUUCAGAAUUCUGUAACGAAGCGCGGAUGAGCUGAACCAUGUCUCUGGCGGAUGUGACGUCAGCGCGCUCGUCUCCCGGACCGGAAGCGUGUCCCGAAUGCGACACUAGCGCCUCCGUCACUUCCGAUUUGCAUAAGUACCAAGUAGCGUGCGUGUGCAAGCCGUCAGCUCAGUACGCAUGCGCGGACGACCCCGGCCCCCCGCCCCCCGCCAAGACUGACGUCCCGCCCGCCCUGCCGCCGCGCCCGCCGACUAGCGUGCUGGCCACCAACCGGAGGAACAACUCCUCAGUAAACUGCCCGCCCUCCGAGCCAGCAGGAUGCCGUCGCCGCAAAUACGCGUGGUGGUGCGUGGGCUGCGGCGCCCUGGCCGCGGCGCUGGGCGGGCUGCUCGCCGCCCAGCACAUCCUGCUGCGCGCGUAUACCGCCUCGCCGCAUCACCUGGAGACGGUGCCGGCGGCUGUGCCGGCUGCUAUGUUGGUGCUCACGGGAGUCUGCAUAAUGAGCCUGGCCAGAAGAAGAAAUCGCUACAGUUAUAUGAUCAAAGUAGUGGGAGCUUGCUGCCUCGUCUGCGCUUUGACCUGUGUUCUCGUCACGAUUACCACUACUGUCAUACACAUGAAUAAACUGCAAACGCUCCGGUUCUGCGACUACACCAAGAUGACGCGGACGUGCACGUGCUUCUCCAUGCCACACGAGCCGCACAGCACCGACGAUGACGGAGUCCGCUGCGUAUUCGAAGGGGUCACGGGCUGCGACGUGGUGCACGGCGCUCUCUACUGGUGCCUGAGAGGAGUCUUCGCGUUGUCUGUGACAGCUGUGCUGGUGUGCAUCUUCAGCUCUAUGCUGGCUUAUCAGCUGUUGAGUCACGAACGCAAGAAGAUGUACUGGGAGCAGCUAGAGCUGCGCUGCCGCUCGCUCUACCGGGGCGACACUCAGGGAGCCCCCUCCUGCCGCUGCUGCCGAGGCUGCCUCCCGCAGUCCGCCGCCAGCCAACCUGCCUCUCACCGCUUCUGGGCGCCUGGUCGCAUCGGCAACCUGUACUCGCCAAACCCGGGCACAGUGCGCAAGAACUCCACGUGGAGCUGGUUCCCGUGGCCGAGGGGGAACAGCCAGAAUUCAAGAAGCUGCCGCAUGGGUGGCGUCCCGCAAUCCGGCGAUAGCGCUUACGGCUUCUGUGAAACCGACAUGCCGCAACCAAACCAAAACCCGAACCCAACCAUGCCUUACGAAGACCGCCCCUACCCAGCCAACUACAACCAGCGCGCCCAAACCAUGGGCAAUUUCGCGCAAAACCAACUAGCAUUUGCGCAAAAUCAGGGCGCGUUUGCGCAAAAUCAGGGCGCGUUUGGGCAGAAUGCCGCGAUGGCGUUUGCCCAAAGUCAGGGCAAUUUUGGCCCGAGUGCGGGUUACGGACAGGAAGGGUUUGGUGAGUCGAGUGGCAGUUUUGAUGCUCAGACUGGGGUUUGGGGUCCACCGCCGCCUUAUAGUCCUCAGGGAAGAAGUGGUAGUAGACAUCAUCUCCACCACCAAGACCCGGCGGCCGCCACGCUCCUCCACCACCACCACAUCGACGUGCAUCGUAACUCUAUGCCCAUGCACGACCAUCCAAACCUGCCCUCAAACAUGCCCAUACAAUCCGCCCAUACUUGCCGAAACUCCUCCUACAUAACCCACAUGCUCAGCCCGCACCUACCACCAGAAAUGACGCAUCCAGAACUGGCCCACUUAAACCCAGAACUGGUCCGUUUGAAUCCGGAACUAAACCGUUUGAACCAGGAAAUGGUUCGUUUGAACCCGGAGAUAAAUCGUUUGAACCAGGAAAUGGCCCGUUUGAAUCCGGAAUUGGCGAGGAUGUAUCCGACGGAUGUGAAUGAGUUGGCUAGAUUGCAGGAGAUGGCUAGAAUUGGCCAGGAAAGUGGGAGGUUCAACACGCUGAGGGGUCAUUUAGUCCCGUACCCUGCAUGCCAGAGGACCUUGGGUAUGAGUAUGGGAAAUCUGCACAGGGAUUGCCGUCUGCCGGACGAAAAUAUGACUAUUGAAUGCUUGCAUCAGAAGAGUAAUAGUAAAGUUUCAGAUCAAAGUAGUGACUCCUGCCUGAAGCAAGGGAAGGAAAACCCUGCUUUCCAGAACGACAAACACUCACCAAUGAGGGCCUCCAUGCAAGAUUGUCAUAGAGGGUCCAACCUCAACGCUGAGUCUGAAGUGUACUUCGCUGAUGUGUCCAGCUGCUGUAAUGUUUCUGUUAAGGCCGACUGCUGUAUGAAUUCAAACAUAUCAGCUUUAGUGGGAACCAUCGAGAACCACCCAGAGUCGACGUCCGAGUCUGACACCGGGUCAUUCACCCUGACCCGUCAGCAGAGACCUCAGCCACAGACCGGGUCAAAAAGACGUCCCCGCACCAACCAACCCGCAGACAAACACACGAAAAACCAGGAAAAAAUCCGUCACGACUUGAACAAUAGCAUUCGUCUUACAGAACAACAAAUUGAACAGCUAAAUAGUUCUUUAUGUCAAAGAAUGAACGACUCUAGAAUGAGUGAUCGGUUGAAUGAGUCGAGAAUCAGUGAUCGCAUGAAUGAGUGUAGAAUGAGCGAGCGUCUGAAUGAUUCAAGGGUCAGCGAUAGGAUGAAUGAAUGUAGAAUGAUGGAGAGGAUGAAUGAGUCCAGGGUAAGUGAGAGGAUGAAUGAUUCUAGAAUCGGUGAGCGCAUGAAUGAUUCAAGAAUGAGUGAAAGGAUGAACGAGUCCAGAGUAAGUGAUCGAAUGAACGAAUCAAGAGUGAGUGAUCGCAUGAAUGAGUCGAGAAUUAGUGAGCAUUCCAGAAUGAACGAUUCCAGACUCAGCGAUCUAUCACGAAAGAACGAGUUACGUAUGAGUGACCACAACAGGCUCGACUCGUCCAGAUCUGACCAUUCUAGAUUGGACUUAGAUCUUAAAGGGAGUCCUAAGAUGAAACACCACGUGAGCCCGUUACGAAAUGCGUCCAGAUCCAGCCCCAGUAGUGUCCUAAGAGACGCUCCCAUACACCCAAGGCAAUCCAGUACCGAUUCCAACGUUUCGUUAAAGAACAAUCCAGAUUUCUUCGUCCCCCCUCCCCCGAACCAUUCCCCUUUAUCACCCAACACUGAGGAGUCACUAUUAUCCGACGACGAAGACCGUCAAAGAACGGACCAAGUUUACUCGAAUGAGAAACCUGAGACCUCCAAAUGUUUAGGGCCUGAUUCUCAAUAUGAGCCAGUGAGAGAAGAGAAGGAAGAAAUCAUGAAAGUGAAUCAUCAUCAUUGCUACAGUGACACUAAUACGAUGGAUAGUGGCUGGCAGAGUGGCUCAGAGAAACAUGCCACUGAUUGAAUGGUGAAU